AUGGUGAAGUCUGAGUCUGGCCCAGCCGUAGCGUCCGGUCUGGCAAAUGUGCACUCUCACAAUUUACCAGCCUCGCACAGGGCUGUUCCCAGCAAUCAUGGAUCCGAGCCUGUGCCGGCUUCGUAUGGCACGGAGAACUCGCCCCCAACGUCCUCGGCGCCAAUAGAAAUGGCCCCUGUAUUCAAAUCUUACGUGCCCGGUCUUCCAUCCCUACAGAUUCGAACCGAUCUUCCUAGCACACGGCCAACCAGCUCGCACCGCGAUUGCGAUUCUGUCACCUCGACGAGCCUGUCCUCCGGCAGUUUCCUGCAACGAACGCCGAGUUUGCGUGCUCUCGCUGCGCCUCCCAUGUCGAGUAACGGCUCGCUAUCCCCAGCGUCGAUCAUGUCCUCUCCCCAGCUGCGUGCCAUGGGCGACAUUACGCCGCUGCCCUCGCCGAUAGGUGGCACUGCACCAUGGCAGCGAUCAGAUCCACAGUCAGCUUCGCGAACCUCUCCCACCGGGUCUUUUACCCAUUCCAUGCUUUCACCCAGCGACUCAACGCAUAUGCUAGGGCGCCCAGGUUCGCGAUCGCGAUCGCGACCUGGCAAGCCUUAUUCGGGACUGGAGAAAGGCGGCCCGCUGUCACCGUCUACCGGCGCGCACCGCGAAGCGCACGUCAAGCAUCAUUCUCGAAAUCGGAGUCUGAGCGACUAUGCGCCGCCACCACCAGGCCGUGUUGCGCUCCCUCGACCGAUCGCGGUCUCUGGAGCUGGCCCCAAUCUCGCGCCCUCCUCGAGCACAGACUCGAAAUCGAAUGGACUGCACCGCGAACAAUACCUUGCCGUGCAUCGAGGCAUUGCGAUACCAACCGACCGGCCGCUGAGCCCGCCCCGAAGCAGUGGAAGCGGGCAAGGUGAUAGCGACGCGGAGCUUGUGGUAUGCCGUCAGACAACCGCGUCGAGGUCCGAAGAGCUAUAUUCUGUCAAGUCCGUGCGGACUCAGCAGGCGAGGUUAUAUCGUAAGAUCCGAGUGCUGGGCCAGGGCACUUUUAGUCAAGUCAAUUUGGCCGCGAGGGUGGAAGAACCGCUUGAAACGCCAAUGUCUCCAGCUCCAGAGUUCGACCAUGGCACGACAGCGGAUACUACGAUGAUCGCGAGCACCCAGAAACUCGUUGCCGUGAAGAUCAUUGAACAUGGUCCGGCAGGUGGAGCGGACGAGGAGCGUUUAGAAAUUUCGAUGAAACGAGAGGUUGAGAUCUUGAAAGCAUUGAACCACCCGUCUCUUGUGCAGUUGAAGGCCUUUGGCAGCGACGAGAAGCGUGCUCUGCUCGUCUUGGACUACUGCCCUGGUGGAGAUCUCUUCGAUUACGCAACGUCUGGUGGCGGCCAACCCAUGGGCCCGGGAUUGAUCCGGCGGAUAUUCGCAGAGCUUGUGGACGCUGUUCGCUAUCUUCACUCAAAUUAUAUCGUUCACCGGGACAUCAAGCUUGAAAACGUUCUGCUUACCAUGCCACACGCGGCUAUGGUGUCUGUCACGGAUUGGCGCACAUACGAUCGAGCAGUGGUCACUCUCAGCGAUCUUGGUUUGUCUCGACGGAUCCCCAAACCACCUGAAAGCCCGUUAUUGCAGACUCGUUGCGGGAGCGAGGACUAUGCUGCCCCGGAAAUUUUGAUGGGUCAGUCGUACGAUGGUCGCACGACUGAUGCAUGGGCGUUGGGUGUUUUGCUCUAUGCCAUUAUGGAGAAUCGCCUGCCAUUUGAUGUUCUUCCGGGUACCCGAGGCGAUCCAGCGAAGCAUCGCGCCCGAACUCCUCAUCGGAUCGCUCGCUGCGAAUGGAGUUGGUACCGCUUUGCUAACGACGACGAGGAAUGGGAUGCUGAGAAGGGCGCCGCCCUAGAUGGGGCUCAGCACUGCGUGGAGGGACUAUUGAAGCGCAACACCAAGCGCAAAUCAUUAGAUGAAAUCGCUGCCAUCCCCUGGGUUCGCGAUGCCAUUGAAGUGCCAGCUGGUCUGAAACGUGGUGACAAAGAGGUGCCAUAG